AUGAAUGAUAACGUCUAUCGAAAAGACGACAAUGUACGGCUAGCAGCUUCCAUUCUUAACGGGGGAAAUACGAAUGGAAAGCAGACUAGUGUAGACAGGCGAUAUGUGGCCAACAACGAGCAGCACCCGAAGCUCUGGUAUCAUGGGAAUAUCACGCGUGAACAUACUGAAAAAAUAUUAUCCGGGCAAGCCGAUGGAACAUUUCUUGUGCGCGAUUCUACCAACUUUCCAGGUGACUAUACACUGUGUAUGGCCUUCAAUGGCAAGGUGGAACAUUAUAGGAUAUAUCAAUUAAACGGCAUUCUGACGUGUGACCACGAGGAAACUUUUGAUAAUUUAACCCAGUUGAUAGCGCAUUACAAACGAGACGCAGAUGGUCUAUGUCAUCGCCUUAUAACGCCGGUAAUCAGUGAUGAUUAUCGAAUUACUAGAGACAAUGAAUCUUUAGAAGAGCGAAUACGAUUCUUCCGUGAAGCUUCAUUAAUUAUUAGUCGAAGUGAAAUACGUCUUGGAGACAUUAUCGGUCAUGGAGAAUUUGGGGAUGUGCUUUUGGGAGACUACGACGGUCAGAGAGUAGCAGUGAAGGUUCUGAAGCGUAGUGAAAUGGUGCAGUCAUUAUUGGACGAAGCAAAAUUUAUGAUUGGCCUGAAACAUGUGAAUUUAGUGGCUUUGCUAGGUGUUGUUAUUGAUGAUGCGAGAGAAAUGUUCAUGAUGACCGAAUACAUGGCUAAUGGAAAUCUUGCAAGUUACUUCUACAUAUACUUCCAUUCUUGUUUAUCUCUCUGCCCAGUAGAUUUCUUGCGUUCACGUGGGCGCCAUCAGGUUGAGAAAAUGCAGUUGACUCAGUUUGCGAUUGAUAUUUGUGAAGGUAUGAAAUUUCUGGAAAUAAAAAAUGUGGUACAUCGUGACUUGGCUGCGAGAAAUGUGUUGCUAGAUGAUGAGCUUAUGGCAAAGAUAAGUGACUUCGGACUCGCGAAAGAUGCUAAUGAGUGUCAGUAUGCAGAAAGUGCACUUAGCAAGUUUCCAAUCAAAUGGACUGCUCCGGAAGCUUUACGAUAUAGUAAGUUUUCAACGAAAAGUGAUGUAUGGUCAUUUGGUGUGCUGCUAUGGGAGAUAUUUUCAUUUGGAAGAGUACCCUAUCCUCGCAUUCCAAUACAAGAUGUUGUGCGGCAUAUCGAAAAGGGAUACAGAAUGGAGCCACCGGAAGGGUGUCCGAUGGAAAUCUCACGUCUAAUGAAUGAAUCCUGGAUGUUGGAGCCAUCCGCUAAGAAUUGGAUUGAUUACUUCGACACUGCAAAUGAACUAAUUUUAUAUUUUACAAUUACAUGA